CUCCCAGCUUCACAGUCACUCAGGAAAAUCUACCCACUGUGCCUCUCUUCUCACAGUCUCCUCAGCCUCCAGCAAAGAAAACAUGGGCAGGCAGAAGUUGUAUUUGGAGAAACUGUCCCGCUUCUUCCAGAUCCGUAACCUGCUUCUUCGUCAGGCCCUGGCAGAGUGUCUUGGCACCCUCAUCCUUGUGAUGUUUGGCUGCGGUGCUGUGGCCCAGCUGAAGUUGAGCGGUGGUAGCCAUGGCAUGUUCCUGACUGUCAACUUUGCCUUCGGCUUCGCUGCCACAUUAGGCAUCCUGGUCUGUGGUCAGGUAUCAGGUGGACAUCUGAACCCUGCAGUGACCUUUGCCCUGUGUCUGCUUGGAAGAGAGCGCUGGAGAAAGUUCCCCAUGUACUUCCUCUUUCAGACAAUCGGUGCCUUUUUCGGUGCUGCGAUCAUUUUCGGCAUGUACUACGAUGCCUUGUGGGACUUACCUGGAAGUUACAAUAUGACUGGGCCAAAUGCCACCGCUGGUAUCUUUGCUACCUACCCUAGGGAACAUCUCACCCUUGUGAAUGGCUUCUUUGAUCAGAUCAUUGGCACAGCAGCACUGAUAGUUUGUAUUCUGGCUAUUUUGGAUCCAUACAACAAUCCCAUCCCCCAAGGACUGGAGGCCUUCACUGUGGGAUUUGUGGUUUUGGUCAUUGGAUUGUCUAUGGGCUUUAACUCUGGUUAUGCUGUCAACCCUGCUAGAGACCUUGGACCACGUCUUUUCACUGCUAUGGCUGGGUGGGGCAGUGAAGUUUUCACGGCUAGAAAUGGCUGGUUCCUGAUUCCAGUUUUUGCCCCAUUCCUUGGCACCAUCAUUGGUGUGAUGAUCUACCAGCUGAUGGUUGGUUUCCAUGUGGAGGGAGAAGCACGCGAUAGAAAGAGCACAGAGGAGGAGAAUGUCGGACUCACCAAUGUCACCAGCAAUGACAACUCCAAAGACAAAGAAAACAAAGAAAUGCACUGAGCAUGAACACAUGCACAUUCUGUAAAUACUGACACACACACACCAGAUUUUUUCCCUCCAGCCACAACUAGUUUUUCCAAACCAUUUCUACAGCUGUUAGGCUAUCUCCCAGGAUUGCUGUGCGUUUGUGAAAACAGGCCACGCUCUUUCAACAUCAUGUGAUUGUAUUAUAUUGUAGAAGAACGAUUGUGUAUAGGUGUAGAGGGGCGAAACACAACUUCAGAAACACAGAAUUACAUUAAUUCUUUAAUGAAGAUGAACAUUUGGAUCUUAGUGUCUGUAAUACUCCAGUUUGAACAGUAUUGUAUGCUUUAUACCAGUGUAGUUUUCAAUAUAGUUUUACAGACUUAUAUACUGUAGAUGUAUUCAGACAUAUUCCUGUGCAUUUUGUCAGUCCAGAACCUUUCACUGUUAAUAUCUAAAUUCAGGGAAAUUGUCAGGAAAUUGGGACAUUUCAAACUUCAACCUAUAAGUUCAAAUAUCUGUCAGGGAACAUCUGCUUGAGAAGAAUAUUGUACAUAAACUACAUCAACACUGACUCUGUUUUUAAGAGCUGACAGAUGCUUGCCACAACAUUCUUCACUUCACCACUGCCAUCUCAACGUAGCUAUAUUAAAGCUGUUGUCUUUUUAUAUCCACUCUCUUUGCCCUGUAAAAGUCCUCCCCCGAAAUCCUUAAACAAAAUGACAAUUAUUGUGAUAUUUCUCCAGUAAACUCGAUCAUUUACCCUUUGUGUGAACUAAAUCUUAUCAGAAGCUAUUGUAGCCCUCUAGUUGCAUGCCUGAGAAUAUCAGAUAACAGACAGACAAUUAUCUUAUUUCUUGUACAGCACUAUAUUAAACUGUCUAAAAUUGUUAUGUUGAGUUGUGCCUGCUGAUCUUUGUAUGUAGGUUGAGGGGAAAUGCUUUUGUACUGAUACAAUAAAGUUCUGUUUUUUAUCAUUGCA